AUGUCAAGAACAACAAGAUCAACCACCAAAAGACUCACCCGUCUCCAAACCUCAGCUCCAGCACCCCCAAAUUCCCCCUCAACCCCUCUAGAAACCAAACUCUUCCCAACCCCAUCCGCAUUCGAAUCCUACCUCUCCCUCAACCACGCCACCAACACAACCGGUCUCUGGCUCAAAAUCGCAAAGAAGACCUCCCCAACCCCCUCCAUAACAUACGACCAAGCCCUCGACACAGCCCUCUGCUACGGCUGGAUCGACGGCCAGCGCAAAUCCCACGACGCCUCCCAUUUCAUCCAGCGCUUCACGCCGCGUCGCAAGAAAAGUCUCUGGUCCCAGCGCAACGUCAACAAAGUCGCGGAUUUAAUCGCCGCGGGUCGCAUGACACCCGCUGGGCAGGCGGAGGUUGAUGCAGCGAUGGAGGAUGGACGCUGGGAGAAGGCGUAUUCGUCGUCGAGUAAUGCAGUGGUUCCGGAGGAUUUUCAAAAUGCGCUGGAGGGGAAUGAAGCAGCGGGGGAGUUUUGGACGGGGUUGAAUAGGACGAAGAGAUAUAGUUUUUUAUGGAGGUUGGAAACGGCGAAGAGGCCGGAGACGAGAAGGAAGAGGAUAGAGCAGUUUGUGGAAUUACUUGCUGCUGGGAAGACUGUUUGA